GUAACGAAAUGGGCAAUUCCCAUUUGCUCUUAAAAGUAUACUCUCCUACUCCUACAGCCUUGUUACUGCCAUUGUAGAAUGCCCUUAAUAUCGGCCUAAAACUGUCAUGUGCGACUUUGGCCUUUUCGCUUAUAUUUAUUACGUCUAUGUUUGAUAGUGUAAUAGAGAGAGUGUGAUCAUUCAUAAUAAUAGUUUAAUCCUCUGGAUUUUUGGUUUUAUUCUCUCUUCGAAUCAUUUCGAACUCCUAAACAUAUUUGCAUUAAAUAAACAUAUUAACGUGUUAAUAUGUUUGGCAAGAAAAAAGAGUCGAGACGACUCAGGCCAGUUGAUGACUUAGAACAGUAUGGUAUCUUCCAAGUACCUGAUAUAAAUAUAGGUAAUAUUGAUGAUAAUACGAUAGAAAAUGAUGGCAACGAUGAAGACUUAGAGGCUGAAUUAGCUGCUUUGGCAGCUGGUAAUGAUACAGGCUACAAAAGUAGGCGCAACAUUGCACGCAAAGCUGUUACCAACGUUAAUUUGGAUGAAAUGAUAGCUGAAUCUACAAAGGAUACAAAUUCUGAUGAUGACUCAUCUGAAGGAAAUGAUGAUCCUGCAUUAUUAAAAGAAUUGCAGAUGCUCACAGGAAAUGAAAUUGUGACAGAAGAGACGGAAAUGCCAGAGAUAACGGAGGAAGAACAAGCAGAAUCUAAUAAAUGUGAAUCUACUACAGAGGAAAAUAAUUCUAUGUAUGAAAUAACCAAAGUAUUGCAAGAAAGACUAACGACUUACGAAAUAGCCGAACAAAUGGCAAGAAAAGAAAAUGAAUCUGGCAAGGCUAGAAGAUAUAACAGAGGUGUAAGAACACUCAAGGCAAUGUUGGUUUCUGUACAAUCAGGUAGAAUUAUAAAUGAAACUGAUAUUCCUCCAUUGUUGCCUCCUUCUGCUACUGCAGAAUCUACAAUUAAAGAUACAGUAAAGGGAAUAUCUUCAUCGACUGAAGUUAAUGAAUCAUCUGCUACAUCAGAUGCAGUUUUAAAUGAUGGCCUUUCUGAACCAAUAGUAGAUGCCACGGUUGAUCAGGAAGCUUUGAAUAAAUUAAAAGAGCAACAGCAAAAAUAUAAGACUGCUGCAGUAGCUUGGAAGAAAGCAGGUAAUAAAGAGCAAGCACUGCAGUAUGUGAAAACUGUAAAACAAUUCGACAUAGUUAUUGCUGCAGUUGCUGCGGGUGAAAAGCUCGAUUUAUCAGAUAUGCCAUCUACUCCAACUUUACCUUCUCCAGCAGAUAUUAUACCAUCAAUGGUAAAAGAAGAAAGCGAAAUUCAACAGCAAGCUUCUACAGAUACAGCUGACUCGCAAGCAAAGCUCGGUCUCGAGAACAUUGAAGGUGCUCUUAAAGAACGUUUGGAAGUAUAUAGGAGAACGAAAGUGGCUGCCGAAGCUGAGGGUAAUACUUCUAAAAUACGCAGAUACAGUAGAAUUUGCAAACAGUUUGAGAACGCUAUUAAGUUAUACACAAAUGGAAAGCCAGUACAUCUGGAUGAACUUCCUGUUCCGCCUGGUUUUCCACCAUUGCUAUCUAAUUCACAAAAUAAAGAUAUUACUGCGCAGUCUGUAGUUCAGCCUAAGUCAUCUGAAGAUAACAUUGUAACAAAGCCUGUGCCAUCAAAAGCACCCAUCCCUUCUCCUAAAGCAGGGGAGAAACCAAGGCACAAGAUUACAUCGCGUGCAGAAAAGCAAAUGAUACAAUUACAACUACGGCAGCGCGAAUUGAAGCAAGCUGCUUUAAAUGCAAAGCAAGAUGGGGAUAUGGAUUUGGCGCGUGAUUAUCUAAAGCAAGCUAAAGGGAUACAACCUUUAAUUGAAGCCAGCAAAGCUGGAUUGCCUGUCGAUAUGAGUUCGAUCCCAUUAUCGCCUCUUGAAAAAGUAGAACUUAAUGUAUGUCAGAAAGAUGAAAAUUUUAUAUUGGUAUCUGCCGAGGAUUUUUUGGAAGGCGCGUGCGGGACAGAUGAUCAAAUUUACGAAAAUCUUGAAACUCAAUUAAUUAAACAAAUUAAGUGGUGUUUAUCUACACGGGAUCACUCAAAAGCAUUAGGUGAUGUUCCUGCAUAUAAUAGAUGGGAACGGCUCGCACUUGGUUACACGCGAGAUUUAGAUAUGCUAAGAGUUCGAAAACGUGAUUUACUGCCACCACCACAACAUCAUUACGAAAUGAAAACGUAUCAAAUAGUACAGAGUUGCACUGAUUUAAACGACAGCGAUAUUGAAAUAUCUAUAAUUAGAGGAAUUAAUUAUCCUCGAGAGGCAGACACAUAUGUUAUGUUUGAAUUUCCAUUUCCGUCGGAUAAUCAUCCCGCGGAUAGAACAUCAACAGUCAAAGAUUCUGCCAAUCCAGAAUACCAAGCUGUAUUUCCGCUGAAUGGGAUUAUAAAUCGCACUUCCAGACAGUGUCAAAGAGCCUUCAAACGACAUGCUUUAAAGUGUGAAGUUUGGGCAAAAGGAGGCUUUUUUCGAAGUGACAGUUUACUGGGUACAGUGAUGGUUAAGUUACAAUCUCUCGAGUCCCAAUGCACUCUACAUGAUUCCUUUUCGCUUAUGGAUGGCAGAAAAGCAACGGGAGGAAAACUAGAAUUAAAAAUCCGGCUCAGAAAUCCAAUUCUUUUUAAGCAAAUAGAAAAUGUCACAGACAAAUGGUUAACUAUUGAUCAAUAAUGAAUGAUUGAAUGCAGUUCAAUAAUUUAUCAUUAAUUUGUCAUUUUUGGAAUUGUGGGGCCUUUAAAAAUAAUGUGCAUCGAGAAUAGAUUACUGCAUUUUUUAAACACACACACACACACACACACACACACAC